AUGCCUGACGAAGAGAGUGCUGCCCUCCCUGCAGCUGGUUCCAACACCACUAAAUACGUCAUCGGUGGCAUCAUCGGCCUCGUCGUUGUCGUCGGGCUCGUAGCAUUCAUCUCCGGGCUCAGUCUCCGCCCCUCCAAACCCAGCUUCACCCUCCAAGACAUCACCGUCUCGUCCUUCAACGUCUCCACCACCCAACCCUACCUCCUAUCCACCAACAUGCAAGUCACCAUCUCCACGCAGAACAGCAUGCCCCACGUGGGCAUCAUCUACGAGAAGGUGGAGCUCUACGCCACGUACCGCGACGAGCAAAUCACGUUUCGGUACACCCUCCCCAAGACGUACCAAGAGCACAGUGAGGUCGUGGUGUGGUCGCCCUAUUUAGAAGGUCACACCACGCCUAUUUCCCCGAUAUCGGGGCCUGUUCUGAUGCAGGAUCUGAACUACGGGGCAGUGCUGGUGAUGGUCAAGAUUGACGGGCGGAUAAAGUUUAGGGUGGCUCAGUGGACGUCGGGGAUUUAUCGGCUGUACGUGCACUGCCCGGCGAUGAUCCAGUUGGGGGACAUGAACACCGACAAGGAAUUCGCAGCGUCUGCAAAAGAGUUCAAGUUCACGUUGGUACAAAAUUGUCACGUCGAGAUUUAG